UAUUAGAAAACAGAGGAGGUAGAAUAGGUCUUAGAUUCAAAACAAGAGCCAUCGACCAUGAAACUAGGGUUUGGCUUUGUGACUAUUUAUUUCGUGUAUCUAAAACACUUAAACACCCUCAUUGUUUUAUCCAGCAGACAAAAAACAACAUUGCCAAGAUAAAAUGCUGUCUUCACCAGCUUUUACUGUAGCACGUACUACUCUUGGUCGUCGUCUUCAUGCGAAGAGACUAGCUUCUUCUGGUCGAACCGCUGAUCCGGAGAUUCAUGCUCGUAACGAUGGAGACGAGCCUGGUCUUUUUCCAUCAGACCCCGAAGGUUUGGAUGAUGUAGCGAAUCCGAAGACUCCAGCCGAUGAGGAUGUACCGGAUAUUCGACCACCCGGUUUUGUAAAGGAACCGCUCACGCCGCCGAAAAAUCCACGAGACACUUCACACAAGCUUGAAUCUACUCCUGUUGGUCUACCUGCAGAUCUCAAUUUCCAACAAAAACGAAACUAG